AUGCUGACCCUUGGGGCUGUGAGCGUGAACGCUCUGCCACAGGCUACAAGCACACCUGCUGGGACGCCGAGUAGCUCUGGAAUACCUGUGCAGGCAACCGGAAAUCCGUUCGAGGGAUACCAGCUCUACGCCAACCCGUACUACAGCUCCGAAGUUAUGACUCUGGCUGUCCCGUCAAUGACUGGUUCAUUGGCCGAGCAGGCGACCCAUGCCGCUGAGAUUCCAUCGUUCCAUUGGCUGGAUACGACGGCCAAGGUUCCUACCAUGGGCGAGUAUCUGGCGGACAUCAAGGAGCAGAAUGACGCGGGAGCCAACCCACCGAUUGCCGGUAUUUUUGUUGUUUAUAACUUGCCAGACCGUGACUGUGCGGCCCUGGCCAGCAAUGGAGAGCUUUCAAUUGCCGAUGGAGGCGUUGAGAAGUACAAGGAGUAUAUUGAUGCUAUUCGCGCGCAUGCCGUGGAGUAUUCCGACACCAACAUAAUCCUUAUUAUUGAGCCUGACAGUCUGGCAAAUCUGGUGACCAACUUGAAUGUGGAGAAGUGUGCCAAUGCUCAGGAUGCUUACCUCGAAUGCACAAACUACGCCAUUACCCAGUUGGAUCUCCCCAACGUAUCUAUGUACCUUGACGCUGGUCAUGCCGGAUGGCUGGGAUGGCCCGCAAACAUCGGCCCAGCAGCCCAGCUCUUUGCGGGUGUUUACCAGGAUGCUGGCGCGCCUGCGGCACUCCGUGGGCUCGCAACCAACGUGGCUAACUACAAUGCCUUCAGCAUCGACACCUGCCCUUCUUAUACGUCGCAGAAUGCGGUCUGUGACGAGAAGGGCUACAUCAACAGCUUUGCUCCUGAGCUAUCAGCCGCAGGCUGGGAUGCCCACUUCAUCGUUGACACCGGCCGCAAUGGCAAGCAGCCCACAGGCCAGAUUGAAUGGGGCGACUGGUGCAAUGUUAAGGGAACUGGAUUUGGAGUUCGCCCAACUACCGACACCGGUGACGAGUUGGUCGACGCCUUCGUUUGGGUCAAGCCUGGUGGUGAGAGCGAUGGCACCUCUGACCAGAGUGCUGAGCGUUACGACGCUCACUGUGGUGCCGCUGCUGCCCUUCAGCCGGCUCCUGAGGCUGGCACCUGGUUCCAGGCCUACUUCGAGCAACUUGUGGCCAACGCCAACCCGCCCCUUAGCAGCUAA